AUGGGCGCGUCGGUCAGAAUGAGCGCCGCCGCUGCCGCCGCAGCUGCGGGCGGCGGAGGCAGCACGACAGCCGCCGUUCCCCCCGGCGGCGGCGGCCUGCGCACUGUGGCGGGGGCGGUGGCGUCGCGGGCCCUGCGGAAGAGCGCGAGUGCGCCGCAGGCGCGGCCGGGGGAGGGCGCGGCGAGCGCCAGCGCGCGCGCCGUGGCGGAGAGGGCUGCCUUGCGGCUGAAAGGACGCGGGAGCGCUGGCGGGGCGGAUGCCGGCGCGGGGUACCCCGGAGGGGGAGUUCCCAACACAGGCGGAGGUGGGGGGGAGUUGGCGGGCGCGGGAGUAGCGGGAGUAGCGGGAGUAGCGGGAGCGGACAGGCCUCGAACGCGCGUGGGGCGGGUGCUGUCGCAGGGAGGGCAGGGGGCGGCGGAGCAGGAGGAUAGCCCGCGGCAGUGGCUGGCGCACGCAGCGGGCGCGCAGGGCGGCGAGGCGGUGACAGGCGCAGGCGCAGGGGGGCUGGGCGCGGGCGGGUUCGCGGCGCCGUCGGAUCGACCCACGACGCCCCCCAGGCGCGACAUCAGCGGCGGCGGCGGCGGUGGUGCGGUUGUGGGCGUAGGUGUGGCGGCGGUGGGCGCGGGGGUGGUGGCGGGGCGGCCCAAGACGCCCGCGCGCAUGGACCUGCAGGAAGCGGAGCGCGUCCGCCUCGCUGCCGCUGCCGCCGCCGCCGCGGGUGGGCUUGCAGCAAUAGGGGGAGGGGGAGCGGGAGGCGGAGGAGGCGGGGCAGCAGUAGGCGGAGGGGGCGCAGGGGGCGCGGUGCAGGCGCCAGUGACUCCGCGCGUGGUGGAGCGCCCCUCCACGCCCCUCGCGGGGCAGCGCCCCGCCUCGCCGUUGCUGCGCGCUGAGGGCGCACUGGAGCGCCCCAAGACGCCCACGCGGAGGCAGGAGGCGGAAGGCGGGGCGCACCAGGGUUGGGGGGCGGCAGCGUGGCCAGAGGGAGCGGCGGAGGGGCAGGUGAUGAGUGGCACCCCGCGGCUGCGGGCGGAAGGGGGCGGGGAGCGCCCCACGACGCCCACCAGGCGGGGGGAAGUGGCUGUGGUUCCGCGCGGGGAGGGGCGGGUGGGGCGGUUGGAGAGGCCGACGACGCCCCUGCAUGGGGCGGACGGCGGGCUGGCCCCUGCUUUCACCACACGUGCUGCAGAACGGUUAGAUGUGGAAGCAGAGCGGUUGGGGGCAGCAGAGCGGUUGAAUGUGGAAGGAGAUAGGUUGAAUGUAGACGCAGAGCGGUUGGGGGUAGCAGCGCGGCCGCACACAGCAGUGCCGCGCGGGGUGGGCGGCGCAGCACAGGGGCAGGCGGGCAGCCGCGCGGACAGGGCGAGCUUCCGCGGGAAGGUGAGGCCCAAGUCGUUUGUGGAGCGGAACACGGGCGAUGGCGGAGGAUCAGGAAGGGGGGAAGGGGCGUGGCCGGGUGUGGGAGCAGUGCCGCGGCCCACAACGCCUGUGAGGCGAGGCGAUGGGUCCUUGGAACGAGCAGUUGCUCCGGGGGGGAGGGUGGGAGCGAACGGGGGAAGCGGGGACGUGGGAGGGGGAGGACGGGGGGGUUUUGGAGGGGAAUCGGGAGUGACUGAACGGCCGUUGUUGCCCGCUGGUAGGAUAGCCGGAGUCGAUCCAACGGGGGAGCAGCAGCAGGGGAUUAGAGGGGAGGGGAGAGGAGGGGCAGGGAGGCAGGCUGUGGAGAGGGCCCCUUCUGGGGAGGCUGCUAGGGCGGCAGGACGUGCUGACUCAGCACCUGCGGAUGCUGACGUGUUCAGGUCGUUUAUCCUGGGCCGGCCGUAUGCUGACGUGGAGGAGCGGUUUGAGAUGGGAGGGGAGGUGCUGGCACGGGGGGAGUUUGGUGCGGUGCGGGUGUGUGUGGAGCGUGAGAGCAGGGCGAGGCUGGGCCUGCACAGACUAUUGGCAUUCAGGUGA